AGUCCCAUAAAAAACAGCGCGCGGAUGAUUGACACUUGCACACAUUUCCUUUUCCUUAUUCUUCCCUUUACGGCUCCAGCUUGUCAGCCAUCUAAGCAACAUUAUAUUUUUAGCAUCGCUAAACCCCAAAAAGGGCAGUAUAUAUAUAUCCUGCAAAUAUCACUCUUUAGCACUUUUCUCCUUUGUAAGUAUUCGCAAUGUCUUUUAAUAUCACCGCGCAUCAACUUGUGGAGACGGAAAAUAGCAUUCACUUCUGCGCGUGUUCACCGGAUGCCAAGCAGGUCGCCUGCGCUCUCGACAACGGCUCCAUUUGCAUCUUAAACACCAUUACUUUCGAUAUUUUAGCACGUGGGGCGCCGGGCAAAGACUUCGCUGGCCUACCGGCGACCUGUGUUCGUUGGGCACCAGAUCCGAGCCUUGUGGAGUAUCAGCUUGUGAGCAGCAGCUGUACCGGCGGGGUCAUGCUGUGGAACCUUGACCCCGCCGACGAGUCUCUGACGCGUGGUACCAGUGCGAACGAAGAGGGGAAUGAAGUGAUGACGGUCGACGUCUCACCGAGUGGCAAAUUCGUUAUUUCGGCCGGCAGCGACCGCGUGGUGCGGCUGUACGACGCAGCGCUACAGCUUCUGUCAAAGUUGGUCGACGGUGUCAACGCGGACGGCACGCGGAGACCGACGCACGUCAACCGCGUCUUCUCUGUGCGUUUUCUUACGGAUGCCGUCGCCGUCAGCGCGGGUUGGGAGAGUCCGUUGCAGGUGUGGGACUUACGCAGCGGCUUCUCCAACAGACAAAUUGUCGGCGUGCAGGGCAGCUCCGACUGUUUGGAGCCUGUCACCGGCACGCAACUCGUCAUCGUGGCGUCGCCCAAGAUGGCAAGCACACUGCAGCUGAUCGACAGUGUCACAGGACGGGUGCUGAAAGACGGUUCCACGAAGGCGUGUGCCCAGCUGCAAGCCGAGGAGCGCGUUGUAGUGUGCCGCUAUUGCGAAGAGAAAGGUAUCCUAUGGUGUCUCACUGUCUCACCACCUUCCCUGAUCGUGUUGACGCUGGCAUCCGGUCACGUAUUCGCGCGAGCCCCUUUGCCAGCGCAGCCGCUGAAUAUGAGUCAGCACGGCAAUGACGUCCUUGUAGCAUGUAAGGACGGUCUUCUACUACAGGUGUCACUUUCGAUGUAA